CUGUGAGGGUGAACCUCAAGCAGAGCAGGCUUCACAUGAAGAGUGAUAGACCAUGGACUCCAAAUAUCAAUGCGUGGAACUAAGUGAUGGUCACUUCAUUCCUGUCCUUGGCUUUGGUACUGCUGUACCUCUUCAGUUUCCUGGGAGUAUAGCUAAGGAUAUCACCAAAAUAGCUAUUGAUGCUGGCUUUCAUCAUAUUGAUACUGCUUCUUUCUAUCACAAUGAAGAACAAGUGGGAGAAGCCAUCCGAAGUAAGAUUGCUGAUGGCACUGUGAGGAGAGAAGAUGUAUUUUGCACAACAAAGCUUUGGUGUAAUAGCCAUCGCCCAGAAUUGGUGAGAUCUUCCUUGGAACGGUCACUGAAAAAAUUUCAGUUGGACUAUGUGGACCUAUACGUCAUUCAUUUCCCAAUGGCCCUGAAGCCAGGAGAAGAUGAGUUCCCAGUAGAUGAACAUGGAAAAUUAAUAUUUGACACAGUGGAUCUCCGUGAGACCUGGGGGGCCAUGGAGAAAUGUAAGGAUGCAGGACUGGCCAAGUCCAUUGGGGUGUCCAACUUUAACCGCAGGCAGCUGGAGAUGAUCCUGAACAAGCCUGGACUCAAGUACAAGCCUGUGUGCAACCAGGUAGAAUGCCAUAUUUAUCUCAACCAAACAAAACUUCUGGAUUUCUGCAAGUCAAAUGACAUUGUACUGGUUGCCUAUGGUGUUCUGGGAACACAAAGAUACAAAGGAUGGGUGGACAAGAACUCCCCUGUUCUUUUGGAUGAACCAGUUCUUGGUUCUAGCAAAAAGUACAAGCAAACUCCAGCCUUGAUUGCACUUCGCUACCAGGUGCAGCGUGGGAUUGUGGUCCUCAACACCAGUCUCAAAGAAGAGCGGAUCAAAGAGAACAUUAAGGUUUUUGAGUUCCAGUUGAGUUCAGAGGAUAUGAAAGUCCUUGAUGGCCUGAACAGAAAUUUGCAAUAUAUAACUGCUGACAAGUUUGAUGGCCACCCUAAUUUUCCAUUUUCUGAUGAAUACUAGUACAUGAGGAUGUCUCCAGGAGGUCUCCUGGACUGGCCACUUGUGCUAAGUAGAACCUCCUGGAGCUAUUUCUCAGCUAAGACAAUAAACAACAAUGUGCCAUUCUGAAAACAAAUAAAAGAUACAUUCUUUAUCAUUUAA